GGUGGAGCCCGGGCCACACUGCGGAGAAGAGAAGCAGAGGAGAGAGGAGAGGAGAGAGGAGGCGUAGAAGCUAGCAAAACCCCGCGGUCAAAGCUCCGAUUCUUGGCGUGAACAGAGCCGCUUCUGUUCUUACCUGGAGUCGGACGUUUAAGUCGUGCUAUGAGCGGCACGCGCCUUGCCUCCGCCUCCUCUGCGGUCUCCACGGUGACAGGAGGCGGUCCCCAUGGCAGCCAGCCCCCGGCCUUCGUCCUGCCGCCUCGAAACGUCCGGGUCGCUCUGGGAGGAGACGCCCGGCUGGAGGGCAAGGUUCACGGUCAGCCCGAGCCUCAGGUCACGUGGUACAAAGACGGGACGCCGGUGAUCGGGGGAGAGCGCUGCGUCGUCAAGCAGAGCGGGCGAGGCUUGUUUAGCUUGGUUGUCGGCGGAGUCACUGCCGAGGACCUGGGCUGUUACACGUGCCAAGCCACCAAUCAGGCGGGGAGUCGGCAGGUCACCGUGGAGAUCCUGCUGGACGAAAACUCCAACAAGAAGUAUGGCCUCCCUUCUUCCUUUAAAACUGGGUGUCGCUCGGGGGUCUCGGCGGUGCAGAGCGGAGCCGGUAUUUGGGGAGAGAGCCCACCGCGCUUCAUCACCAAACCCGGUCGGAUCUGUGCCAAAGCGGGACAAACCGUCAAGUUUUCAGCCAAAAUCACAGGACGGCCCCAGCCACAGGUCUCAUGGCAACGGGAUGAGGCGGCGCUUGAGGCGGGUGGGCGGGUCUCCAUGUUCGAGCGCUCUGGUCUUCACUUCCUGGAGAUAAAGGAAGUGUGUGCGGAGGACGGCGGGUGCUACACCUGCGUGGUCAGUAACAGCGCCGGGGCGACCACGGCAACGGCUCCGCUCAGCGUCCAGGCUUCUUUAAGUGAAUCAACAAAAACUGAGCCCCAGUCCACUGUGAAAGACAACAGCAGCAUGAAAACCUCCAAGUCACACGCAGAAGAACCCACAGACACUAAAGAAGAGCCUCCGCAGAGCAGCUCCAGAACCAGACCUGCUGUACAGCUCCCCCCUGUGGCCCCCAGGAAAACUGCAGCUCCCAUAAAAGUCCAGUCCGCAGUGAAUCCUCCUUCAACACCACCUCAAGUAGCAAUCAGUGGUUCAGACAAUAACAGAAGUGUUCGAAAGACGCUCUCGGGGUCUGACCUGCGUUUUGAGGCAGUUCCUCUGGACCAGGAGGCCACAGAGGGAGCACAGGUCACCUUCACCUGCCAAGUGUCCUCAGCUACAUUUACCACGGUGACCUGGCUGAAGGACGGCGCCCCCUUUGGGUUGGGUGUUGGCGUGGAGCAGAGACAGGACGGCCCCAGACUCACCCUCACCAUCGACCGGGUCAGAUCCAAGCACCGGGGGACCUACAGGUGUCAGCUGACCACAGGGGGAGGAGCCACCGUUGCCUCAGCAGCAUGGACCCUCCAAGUGAACAGUCGGUACGAGGGUCAGAGGUCAAAGGUGACAGAGUCCAGAGCCGUGGGUGAGGCUCCUCGCUUUGUGACCUGUCUGUCUGACCAGAAGGUGAUGGACGGGAGCAGGGUCACCAUGACUGUGGAGCUCACAGGCCAGCCCCCUCCUGAGGUGCUCUGGCUCCACGACGGGCAGGAGGUGACAGAGAGCGAGGACUUCCAGCUGCUCCGGGAGAAGAACCGCUGCACCCUGCUCAUCCAGGAGGUGUUCCCCGAGGACACGGGCACCUACAGCUGCAGAGCCUGGAACCAGCACGGGGAGGCCAGCACCCACGCCAGGCUCACAGUGGAGGAGCCCCAGGAUGGAGUGCAGCCCUGGUUCAUCACCAAGCCCAAAGCGGUGAGUGCCAGUGUGGGGCAACACGUCCUGCUGUCCUGCGCCAUCGCCGGUGACCCCUUCCCACAGUUCACCUGGAGCCGCUCUGACCCCGGCCGACCUCUGACCUCUGGAGGAGACUACGAGCUGCUGCAGAAGGAGGACGUCAUCUCCCUUCUGAUCAGGAAAGUCCAGAAGCACCACGCAGGAGAAUAUCUGAUCAGCCUCAAGAACAAGGUGGGAGAAUGCAGCGCCAUCGCCUCUCUGUCUGUCAAAGAGGAGGGGGAGAGCGAGAGGAGCAGGGCACGGAGACCAGCGGGUACAACGGGCACGGGAGACCAGCACAGUCCCGGAGCCGGUGGAGCGGAGGAGAGGAGCAGCAGUGCGCAGUGGCAGAGCUCCAAGCGGGAGUUCAAGCAGCAAGUCGGUCAAGAAGAUCUCAGAAAGGAAGAUCUAGCUGCUCCGAAAGGUCUGCUGAAGAGAUCGGUGGAGACCAGGGAGCGAGGAGAAGACGAGAUUCGGCAAAGGGAGGCACAGCAGUUAGACUUCCGCUCGCUGCUCGGACGUAGAAAUAAUCCGAACAACGCCAACAAUAAUAAUAACGAUUCCGUGGUCGAGAAAGACGAUAAGAUGGAUUUUAAAGCUAACCUCAAAGGCGUCAAGGCCAAAUUCGAGGACGACCGCAAGACCAGCGCCGGACAACAGGUGGACUUCCGAGCCGUUUUAGGGAAAAAAGGUUCUUCUUCGCCGGCAGCUCCGUCGCCGAACGCCACGAGCAAACCGUCCGAGAAUAAAAACGCCACGGACUUCCGAUCGGUUUUGGCCAAUAAGAAGAAAGCUCCAGAGAAGAACGGGGAGACGCCGGUGAAACCCGCGGAGAAGGAGAAGGACAGCAAAGUGGCGGUGAAUAACUGCGUAGACGGAGGGCACCACGAGAAGAAGGCGGCGGCGGGUGGAGGCGCAGGUGGAGGCGGCGGCAAAGGACCGGAGUUUAAGGAGAAGCUGAGCGACGUGACAGUGCUGGACGGACAGAGGCUCAGGCUGCAGUGCCGGCUCGCCGACCCAGGGGGCGCCACUGUCACCUGGACGCUGGACGGGAAGGUCGUCAAGGCGUCCAAGUUCAUCGUGCUGGCCAAUGAAGGUGGCCUCUGCUCCCUGACCAUAGACAAAGCCCUGCCCGAGGACGAGGGCCAGUACAAGUGUAUAGCAGAGAACUCCACAGGCAAAAGCGAGUGCUCCUGUAUGGUGCUAGUGGACGACCCGGCGGAGAACUCCCCGGCCGACAAGAAGUCCAAGAAGGCGACUCCGACUUCAGAGAGUGAAGCCAGGAUAAAGAAGCCCACGCCGAAAACACCUCCAAAACAAGCUCUGCCUCCUCAGAUCCUGCAGUUCCCAGAGGACAUGAAGAUCCUGGCUGGAGAGAAGGUGGAGAUCCUCUGCAAGUUCUCCGGAGCUCCGCCCAUCAACUGCACCUGGCUCAAGUUCAGGAAACCAAUCCAGGAGGGGGCGUCAGACAUCUCCAUCGAGAGCACAGACAGCAGCAGCAGACUGACCAUCUCCAGCGGUCAGCAGGAGCACUGUGGCUGUUACACUGUGGAGCUGAGGAACAGUUACGGGCUCAGGCAGGCCGCGCUCAACCUCACCAUCGUCGAUAAACCCGAUCCUCCAGCGAAGGUCCCGGCCGCCUCAGACAUUCGUCGCUCCAGCCUGACCCUGUCCUGGUACGGCCCCACCUACGACGGGGGCAGCGCCGUGCAGUCCUACAACCUGGAGAUCUGGGACUCUGUGGGGAAAGAGUGGAAGCACCUGGUCUCCUGCAACAGCACCUCCUACAAUGUACAGAACCUCCUCCCCGAGCGCCAGUACAAGUUCCGUGUGCGGGCAGAGAACGUCUACGGAGUGGGGGAGCCCAGCGCAGAGUCAGAGCCUGUCACCGUGGGGCUGGUGGACGAUGAAAACCUGGAGGAGGCCGAGGUGGAGGAAGAGGACGAUGACGCAGAGAAGGAGCCCGAGUACAGAGACGUGACCAUCAGGACGGACCUGAAGGUGAAGGACCUGUACGACGUGGAGGAGAGACUCGGAACGGGUAAGUUCGGGCAGGUCUUCAAACUGGUCGAGAAGUCCACGAAGAAGAUCUGGGCGGGGAAGUUCAUCAAGGCCUACUCAGCCAAAGAGAAGGAGAACGUGAGGCAGGAGAUCGGCAUCAUGAACAGCCUGCACCACCCCAAACUCGUGCAGUGCGUGGACGCCUUCGAGGGAAAGUCCGACAUCGUCAUGGUGCUAGAGCUUAUUUCAGGAGGAGAGCUGUUUGAGCGGAUCAUUGACGAGGACUUUGAGCUGACGGAGAGGGAGGUGAUCAAAUACAUGCUGCAGAUCAUCGACGGAGUGAGCUUCAUCCACAAACAGGGCAUCGUGCACCUGGACCUCAAACCAGAGAACAUCAUGUGUGUGAACAAGACCGGCAGCAAGAUCAAACUCAUCGACUUCGGACUCGCCAGGAGACUAGAAAACGCCGGCACUCUGAAGGUGUUGUUUGGGACCCCUGAGUUUGUGGCCCCAGAGGUGAUCAACUAUGAAGCCAUCAGUUACCCCACGGACAUGUGGAGCAUAGGAGUCAUCUGCUACAUCCUUCUCUCGGGUCUGUCUCCGUUCAUGGGCGACAACGACAACGAAACCCUGUCCAACGUUACCUCGGCAACCUGGGACUUUGAGGACGAGGCUUUCGACGAAAUCUCGGACAACGCCAAAGACUUCAUCACCAACCUGCUCAAGAAGGACAUGAAGACUAGACUUUCCUGUGCCCAGUGCUACGAACACCCAUGGCUCAAACAGGACACCAACACCAUGAAGGCCAAGAAACUGUCCAAAGAGAGGAUGAAGAAGUACAUUCUCAGGAGGAAGUGGCAGAAAACGGGCCAUGCAGUGAGAGCCAUCGGCAGAUUGUCGUCUAUGGCCAUGAUGGCAGGAGUCAGCGCCAAGAAAGGCUCACCCACAGAAGAGGAUAAUCAGUUCCUGGAGUGUUUGGAGUACGAGCAGAAGACCGAGUGUAAGCCGACCUUCAGCUCCGUCAUUAAAGACGUGGAGGUGGUGGAGGGCAGCGCCGCCCGCUUCGACUGCAAGAUAGAAGGUUACCCAGACCCAGAGGUGGUGUGGUACAAGGACGACCAGCCCAUCAAAGAGACCAGGCACUUCCAGAUCGACUACGACGAGGAGGGCAACUGCAGCCUGGUCAUUUCAGAGGUGUCAGGGGACGACGACGCCAAGUACACAGUGAAGGCGGUGAACAGUCUCGGGGAGGCCACCUGCACGGCCGAGCUUCUGGUGGAGGUGAUGGCCGGAGAGGAGGAGGAGGAGGAAGAGGAGGAAGAGUGAAGGAGUGGAGUGAAGGAGGAGUGUGAAGAAGUCUGGGUCCCCACAGGAAGAGCUCUUAAGCAGGAUAUAGAACGGCCAUAAGCAUCAAUGCAUUUACAAAAAGUUAAUGCUAGACAGUACGCUCCGGAGGGACGGUCUGCUGUGAUUGGUCAGUGAAGAUUAUGAAGAGGGUUAUAAUUUACCGUAUUUCUUGGAUUUAAGGUGCACUUAAAAUCCUUUAAUUUUCUCAAAAAUCGACGGUGCGCCUUAUGUAUUCAUUUUGGUUGUGCUUAAUGUAUAAAAAAAAAAAAUUAACUUUGCAAUUACUUGAGACAGGUGCAUUGGAGGAGAGCGAGCAGCCCAAGAACAUAGAGAAAAAUCCCGUACACCAUCUUACUUGCAAAAUGAGAGAUUUAUUAGGACAAAUCAUGCAACUAGUGCCGAAACAUUGCACG